UGGAAUACGCCGUGCUUCUGACCAUCAUCGCCAACUGCAUUGUGCUGGCACUAGAAGAACAUCUACCCAACAAAGAUCGAACACCGCUGGCCCAGAAGCUGGACAAAACGGAGCCUUACUUUUUAGGUAUCUUCUGCGUAGAAGCCAUGUUGAAAAUUGUAGCCUUAGGAUUUAUAUUACAUCGGGGAGCCUACCUACGAAACGUUUGGAAUAUUAUGGAUUUCGUUGUUGUCGUUACGGGGUUUGUUACCUACUUUGUACCGGACGACUUAGAAUUAGAUCUGAGAACAUUACGAGCCAUCAGGGUGCUUCGACCCCUGAAGCUAGUGUCCGGCAUCCCAAGCCUUCAAGUAGUACUGAAGUCUAUCAUCAAAGCCAUGGCGCCAUUGCUGCAAAUCGGACUUCUCGUGCUUUUUGCCAUUGUUAUAUUUGCCAUUAUCGGCCUUGAAUUUUACAGUGGUGCUUUACACAAGACAUGCUACAGUUUGGAAGAUGCCACGGUAAUUGUUCCGGAGGGCGAGCAGGAGACCCCCUGUUCUCGGUUGUCGGUCAACAAUCAAGCCGUCCCGGCGGGAGCGUACGAAUGCGACGCCAACGUUUCCAUGUGCCGCGAGGGAUGGAUCGGCCCCAAUGAUGGCAUCACAAGCUUCGAUAACAUUUUUUUCGCCAUGCUCACCGUGUUCCAGUGCAUCACCAUGGAGGGCUGGACAGCCAUUUUGUACUGGACAAAUGAUGCCUUGGGUAGUUCAUUCAACUGGAUCUACUUUGUACCUCUGAUCAUCCUCGGGUCCUUUUUUAUGCUCAACUUAGUACUUGGUGUCCUUAGUGGUGAAUUUGCAAAAGAGAGAGAGAGGGUUGAAAACCGGCAGGCCUUUCUUAAAAUCCGCAGACAGCAGCAGCUUGAAAGAGAGCUCAACGGCUACGUGGAGUGGAUCUGCAAAGCAGAGGAAGUAAUAUUGGCCGAGGAGAGGACGACCGAGGAGGAAAAAAUGCACAUUAUGGAAGCUCGAAGAAGAGCAGCAGCGAAACGAAAAAAGUUAAAGAGCAUGCACAGUAAAAGCACAGAUGAGGAGGAGGAAGAAGAUGUUGAAGACGAAGAGCCUCCUAGGAAGGUUAAAUUAAAAGGGUUUGCACGGGCUUCCUACUUGAAAACAAAAAUAAAGAAUAAGGGAGCUUGUAAAGCAUUUUGGAGAGCAGAGAAGAGAUUUAGGUUUUUUAUCCGGCACGUUGUAAAAACACAAACUUUUUAUUGGAUAGUCAUAGUUCUCGUGUUUCUCAACACAAUAUGUGUGGCAGUGGAGCAUCAUAAUCAAGCGCAGUGGUUGACAGACUUUUUAUAUUAUGCAGAGUUUGCAUUUUUGGGACUUUUCAUCUUUGAGAUGCUAAUCAAGGUGUAUGCUCUUGGACCACGCAUUUAUUUUGAGUCGUCUUUCAAUAGAUUUGACUGUGUAGUUAUAGCUGGCAGUAUAUUCGAAGUCGUUUGGUCCAGUGUCAAGGAAGGUUCUUUUGGACUUUCCGUUCUUCGUGCACUUAGGUUACUGAGGAUAUUUAAAUUUACAAAAUACUGGUCAUCACUUCGAAACCUGGUGAUCUCACUGCUGAACAGUAUGAGAUCAAUCAUCAGUCUUUUGUUCCUACUCUUCCUGUUCAUUCUCAUCUUUGCACUCCUCGGAAUGCAGCUCUUUGGUGGCGUCUUCAACUUCGAAUCGGGAACACCAGCUGCAAAUUUUAACACUUUCCCAAUUGCCUUGCUCACAGUAUUCCAGAUAUUAACAGGGGAAGAUUGGAAUGAAGUUAUGUAUGAUGGAAUUAAGUCGCAAGAUGGAAUUCACGGAGGAAUGGUCUACAGCCUCUAUUUUAUUGUCCUUGUCCUUUUUGGCAACUAUACGCUAUUGAAUGUGUUCUUGGCCAUCGCUGUCGACAACUUGGCCAAUGCACAAGAGCUGACUGCUGCUGAAGAAGAAGAUGCGGAAGAAGAAAAAGAGAGGGCCAAGGAAGAGUUGGAGAAGGAAAUAGCAGAUCUUCAAAUGUCAGCGGGGGCUGGCCUCGACCCCCCACAGGUGAACAUCUGCCCACCUUCCCCACAGAACAGUGCCCCAGCCAAGGGAAAAGGAUUCCAAUUUGGUCAAGAGAAUCAGGUUGGGCCUGGAAACAAAAUAAAGGGAUCAAACGAUAACAACAAUAUAGAUACAGAGGAUGAAGAAGCCAAUCGGGAUGACGAUAAUGACGACGAAAUGACGGGCACAAAGCCCAUGAUGCCCUACUCUUGUAUGUUUGUGUGUUCCCCCACAAAUCCGAUCCGCCGAACCGCCCACUACAUCGUGAACAUGCGUUACUUUGAAUUGUUCAUCAUGAUCACCAUAUCCCUGAGUAGCAUUGCCUUAGCUGCCGAGGACCCCGUGGAAGAAGACUCGGGCAGAAAUAAGUUUCUCAAUUACUUUGAUUAUGCGUUCACGGGAGUCUUCACCGUAGAAAUGCUCCUGAAGAUCACGGAUCAAGGAGUCAUUUUUCAUCCAGGGUCAUACUGCAGAGAUUCUUGGAAUAUAUUAGACGCCAUUGUUGUGAUCUGUGCCCUUAUUGCCUUUGCAUUUGCGGGAAGUUCGACGGGACAGAACUUGAGUACUAUAAAAUCAUUGCGUGUGUUGAGAGUGUUGCGACCUUUGAAGACCAUUAAGCGUGUACCAAAGUUAAAGGCUGUGUUCGACUGUGUUGUGACGUCGUUGAAGAACGUGUUUAAUAUUUUGAUUGUGUACAUACUGUUCCAAUUCAUCUUUGCUGUGAUAGCUGUACAGUUGUUUAAUGGCAAGUUUCAUCAUUGUACUGACGACUCGAAGCUUACACAGGCCGAGUGCCAAGGCGAAUUCUAUGUGUUCACCGACGGAGACAAACCUCCAAAGGUGGAGAGGAGGUCAUGGAAUCACAGACACUUCCACUACGAUAACGUCAUGGCAGCCAUGUUGACCCUCUUCACUGUCCAGACGGGAGAGGGAUGGCCUCAGGUGCUUCAGCACUCCAUGGAUUCCACAGAAGAAGACAAGGGCCCUCUACCACGCUACCGAAUAGAGAUGUCAAUAUUCUAUGUGGUCUUUUUCAUCGUGUUUCCAUUUUUCUUUGUAAAUAUUUUCGUUGCGCUCAUCAUCAUCACUUUUCAAGAACAAGGCGAGAAAGAACUUGAAGAAGGUGAACUCGACAAAAAUCAGAAAUCUUGCAUUGAUUUUGCAAUCCAAGCCAAGCCACUGCAGAGGUACAUGCCAAAGAACAAAGACAGUUUAAAAUACAAAAUCUGGAAAGUAGUCGUUUCGACACCCUUUGAAUAUUUUAUAAUGGUGUUGAUUGUGCUCAACACACUUCUUCUCAUGAUGAAGUUUAACAAUCAAAGCUACAUCGUGACGCAAUCUCUCCACUACAUGAAUAUUGCCUUCACUGCACUUUUUGCUCUUGAGUGUAUCCUCAAGAUGGCCGCAUGCGGAAUCCGGAAUUUUUUCAAGAACCCAUGGCACACGUUCGACUUCAUCACCGUCGUUGGCAGUAUUAUUGAUGUGCUCGUCGUUGAAGCUGGGAAUUUACAGAAUUUAUCCGCAUCGAGCGCAUUAUCCGGGAAAAAACUCUCCUUCUUCAAUGUUGGAUUUUUGCGGCUUUUUCGGGCUGCCCGUCUCAUCAAGCUUUUGAGGCAGGGAUAUACCAUACGUAUUCUGCUGUGGACCUUCAUUCAGUCUUUCAAAGCAUUGCCCUAUGUUUGUUUGCUCAUCGCCAUGCUGUUUUUUAUAUAUGCCAUAAUCGGAAUGCAAGUCUUCGGAAAUAUUAAGCUGUCAUCAGAUACUCAGAUAUCACGGCACAAUAACUUCCGAACUUUCUUUCAAGGUCUUAUGCUCCUCUUCAGGUGUGCCACAGGAGAAGCGUGGCAGGCUAUUAUGAUGGCCUGCGUCAAGGAUCGUCCAUGCGAUCCCCUCAGCAAGAAGGAUAAGGACAAGGAAUCCUGUGGCAGCAACAUUGCUUAUGCCUACUUUGUCAGUUUCAUUUUCUUCUGUUCUUUUCUGAUGCUCAAUCUGUUCGUGGCUGUCAUCAUGGACAACUUCGAUUACCUCACCCGUGACUCUUCCAUUCUUGGAGCCCAUCACUUGGACGAGUUCAUAAGGGUAUGGGCUGAGUACGACCCGAACGCCACAGGGUACAUCCACUACACGGAGAUGUAUGACAUGCUGAGAAACAUGGACCCGCCACUGGGAUUUGGAAACAAGUGCCCUUACAGAUUGGCCUAUAAGAAAUUGAUUCGAAUGAACAUGCCAGUGACGGAAGAAGGCAAGGUUAAUUUCACCACAACACUAUUUGCACUUGUGAGAGAAAACCUCAGCAUCAAAAUGAGGCCAGCUGAAGAAAUGGACCAGGCAGAUAAAGAACUGAAGGACACCAUUAAGAAGCUUUGGCCUCUGCAUGCAAAGAAAGUGACAGACAAAUUUGUCCCUCCCAAUUUAGAACUACGAGAGGGAAGACUCACCGUUGGCAAGAUCUAUGGUGGACUGCUCAUCCUUGAGAAUUGGCGAACCACCCGCUUUGGGCAACUUCCUGGAGCUGGUAGUCUGACGGAAAAGGCGCAAUCGCCAUCGCCACCAGAUUCUCCGCGCCCGUCGCUGUUGCGGCGUUUGAUGGGCGCCGUGCGCAACACCAAUACUCGAGCGAGUCACAGCAGCUUAAACCAGGACGACGAGCACUACGACGACAACGGUCACCACCUCACCCCGUCGCGUCACGGCUCCCUUCACCGGUCCAGCCUUUGCAUCGAAAAGACUCAGAAUGGCAAUGAAAAGCCAUGGCAGCGCUCUCUGAGCUUCCUCCGGCGUGGCAGUAGCCGACGCAAGAGAGCCUCUGUGGCCUCUGCCAUCAUCCCUCCGGUUGCUCCAGAAAAGGCUCCAGUCCAGGCCUCGCAGGGCGCUGGUGAGAAGACAGACGAACACAACGAUGGUGCACCUGGAGACAGACACCUCCGGCCCAACACCGUCGCCAUAGCAAUGCGGUCCCCUAGCCCUUCGCGACGGGGCUCCCUGUCCCCACCAGGCAGUCGGUGCCCGACACCUCUGUUGCGGCGAUCUCCAUCACCACGCCGCGGUGGUGUGCCAGCAGGUUUCUCGGACGCUGUCAGCGAUGUCGUCGACAUUGUCAAGUAUGAGACCAGCCGUCGCGGACGAGCUAGGGCACGACUUCACGGAGAUGAAUUUCCUUGGGCCGGCGAAUCCCCGCUACGUGGCCGGUCCCCAUCCCGCCGCCUGCCAGGUGCCUCCCGGGGCAGAUCUCACGUUCCAGGAGGCAGUCGGUCGGGCUCCCCCAACGAGUACCACAGCAGCACGACGUGCCUGGGCCGGCGUUCGCGGAGUCCUUCUCCGAACCACAACCCGAGCACCACACACGGAGAGUACUACGGUACCACCCAGCUGGAACGGCGUUCCAGGUCCCCCAGCCCCGCCGCGUCUGCGCACAGCCUGCCUGCGCCCAGGCGACGUUUACCUGCAACGCCUGCCAAGCCGUCUACGCUACGACUCGACGUCCGAUCCAUGGAAGGAGGAAUAAACUUCCCCAGUGUAUCCCAGAGUCCUACAGUACCUGGCGCCAGGUCACCUGCCGCCAUCAACUUCCCCAAGGUGAACGCGUCACCCACGCGCGCUUCGUCGUCUGCGACGGCGCGUCCGAAGGUGUACGCGGCGCCGAGGCAACUGCCCUCGCCGCUCCUGCCCAAUGGGUACAAGCCGAGGCUGCUACGGAGGACAGCGCGCCCAUACCGCAGUGACACGGACGAGGACGACUGGUGCUAGCGAAGGCUUUUACCCGGGAGGUGACGCCGGCGACCGCACUUCCUCUCGGGUCGCGCCUUCCACCUAACACCCGCUCGACGACGCCCAAGUCUCAGUGACAUGCAGCAACCUCUCCUUAGGAGACAGGACUCCUAAAAGAUACAGUGCCAUACCAUGCUUGCGCGGGUGGUCAGCUGCCUUCCAGACGAUAUCAACAAAGCUACUGUGCUGUUGGUUGGGUGAACAUUAUGUCAGGUGGUGGCGUCAGAUGAGAUCCCCUCGCGCAGCUGGCACUCAGCAUGUGCAAGCAUUUAUUUGUCCCAGGAAUCGCAUCACUUACGUCUCAUACACAGCGUUCAACAAACACUACGAUCAUCAGAAGCGCCUCUGAUCAUUUCAACGGGGUCAAACUAUAUCACACUAGAACUUAGCAACCAGUCAAAACAAAAACACUUAGAAGCAAAACAACUGUGCCAUUCAAGUCUGAAAGGGCGAACUGGAAAGGGGAGAAGGAAAAAAGAAAAGGAUGCUGGACAAUUUGGCAACUGAACGAUGCAAACAACACGUAAAUGUAUAUCACUUUGCAACUUUUUGGUUCGCACGCAAAGUAAACCCCCCUUUGCAAACAUUACAGUGCCAACCUCCCAUGAGAGAUACAUCUUUCAUACGCUGACACCUUAUCAUCUCACAAUUGCUAUCAGCAGUUAGCAGCAUGAUUACGUAUGCACUGCAAUGAGAUCUCUCUGGGACAGCUCUAUGUCUUGCACAUGGCAGGUGCCAUGACAGUUGCUGCAACAAAAGUUGUGUGAUUCAGCGCUGUGUGCGGCUGAUACAGUGUGACGCUGAGGAACUUCUCGAUAUAUGCUCUUUAAAAUUUGAUCGCUGCCAUCACCAGCCUUCUUUGUAAUGAUUGCUGUGAAAUGUGUGACUAUGAUGUGUGCUGUGUGUGCGACUUCCUGCGAUUGAUGACAAAGGCAACAAGGGUUUACAGGUCCAUCUAUACUAAAUGCUUUGCAAAUGCCGCCAUGUGGCAUCGUGGUCAUUGUGGAGUUUUCUAUCUAUGCUUUCUGCUAGUUUUCUAUCUAUGCUGUUCUACCUGUUGUGAAUGCUUAAUGGAUUAAGUUUGCUCCAUUUCUAAAACAAUCGGGAUUUUUUUGAAAAUAAUUACAGAACAAGGGUGACUUCAAAUAAUCUUGUAACAGUCAGGGAGAGCCCUGAAUAUCCAGUAAAAGCAUUUCCAAAAGCAUCCAAUACAGCGCCAUACAAAAGUAAUCCACGCUCUCAGUGAGGGUCCCUUUGAAGCUGCAUGCAAAAUCAAAUUUGUGACAAAGCCAGUAAGUCUAUAAAAUGAUACUGGAGAACCCCAUGAAGGCAUUGUUAAACAAUAUCAGAGAAGCAUCAACAGCCUUCUUAACGUUUAAUGCGGCAAAUAUUUCUUUACCAAUCACCUCAAACAGGAUCCACCCAACAGAGGCUUUGAUUUGCACAACUUUCCCGAUGACCCACUUGCUUGUGACGACUAUGUGAUACAUUUGCGCACUCUUAUCACCAACGUUAUGUGCAGUUUCACACUGCUUGCAUUCCCCUUCUGCCCUUGUGUCUGCGUCUGCCUGUUGAUUAUAGCACCUGAUGGUUAUGCUGCCUCCUCACCGAUUCCUUCUGCCCCUUCGGUGCACUCCAAUAAGGCUUCAAGACAUAUUUUCUGUCUCUCCCAAGAAAAUUGUUCUGGUUGCAUUACGGCCAGCUCAAUGGCAAGGUAGCACGGCUCCAAGCACGUAUCUUGCGCAGGUAAAUUACGACAACAUCGCACUACCUUUUCUGGAAUCCCAAAUUUAGGUCCCGCGAUACAAACAAGCACCCAAUUCUUUCAUAUUUGCAUUGUCCAUAUCUUAAGCAGAGAAAUAGAACAGCUACUCGCGUCAUAGAAACUAUAGCGCGAAAGCGAUAUUUGAUAUUGAAUAUGCUACGUACAAGUAGAGGUUAGCUUUGCUGCUACUCCUCUUUUUAACUAUAAAACUGCCAGAUCUGUAAGAAGUCUAUCAGUCGACACGGCUGAAGAAUUAUAUUAGUACGUUGCCCCCUUAAUAGAAUGUACAAGGACCCGAAGGAGGACAGCUGCUUUCCACAAUACUUGUAAUACCCGUAAUACCCGUAAGGCUCACACUAGCUAUAUUUCAUGGGCCAGGGAUCUGUACAGCCACCACACCAAUCGUCACUUAUAGAAGUGCCUGCUUCUUUGGAUUUUGCAACAGAAGCCUAAGUGAGAGCUAUUUCCUUUGCCAGAUGUUUUAUGUUUUGCAGCACGUGUAAACUUCUUAGAAGCGAAAAUUCAUCGAGUUAACCCCGUUUGAAAUCCAGUCACGUUCGAUUUUCCUGGCCGCCCUUCGAAGCAUUAUCGUCAUGCUGUAUCUCCUGCUGUGGGAUAUCUAAGAUAAAUGCGCAUGAUAACUUCCGCACAUGUACAUACUUCGUCUCUGUGUUUGUAAAUAACUUAUCGAGGACGCUAAUUGUUUUUGUAUAAAUACUUGAGCGUGGAGAGGUCUUUCAGUGACUCAGUAUCAUUACUGUUAUCUUUUCUCUUUGCACUGACUUCUGACUUCAUACUGCACCGCAUUCUGCCAACGAGUUACACCUGUUAUGCUGUUCCUGUUUCACUCAUCUGCAUUCUAUGCAAAGCUUGUGCAUGAUUAUGCCUAUUGGUAGUCAGAGACAUUUUUUUCUUUUUGAAAGAAAACUGACAAGAAGAACAAUGCUUUCAAAUGUAAGUUUAUCUACCUGUUUGGCCAGAUUGUAGAGCUGCAGUAACGCAACAAGGUUGGUGUUCUUUUACUUUGCAGUGAAUGGUGACACAGUUUCUAAGCUUCAGUUUCCAACAUAGAAGAGAAUUCAUUUUCCAACGUUUGACACAUCUGACCAAGCAACAGCAACACGAUUCUCAGUUUCGCUUCUGUUUCAGAAAGUUGUGGUAUCUGUUUUCAAGGAAAAAGACAAACGCUUUUAUGUCUCUGUUCUUCUUAUUGCUGGCAACAUAGCUCAGUUCCUAAUGGUUUUAUUUGUCAUCACAACCAUUCUCCGAAGAGCUCAAGCACCCAGGUUGCUUCGCAUCAUCAAGAAAAUGAGGCACUUAAUGAUCGAAUGCAACCGGCUGCUCCAAACUGGCUACAAUCUACUAUCUGCAUUCUGGCCAAACAUGUUGGAAAAACAUCAGUCAUUAGUUUCUUUCUUGACAGGAAAACGUCUUCGAAUCUACAUUGUAUGAUACAGCAAACAAAUGUACCUAAGAUCACCACUCUUAAAGCAUGCUUAGGUUGCUUGUCGACAUUACUACACUGUUUUUACUACGAAUGCUUUGCCAGCAUCGUCACGAUCACCAUACUGGAGCACCCUCUAGUGCUGUUUCGUUGCUCUGCAUGUAUUGUUUUUUCCCCUGGAGUUUGACGCCUUUGAGAUAGGAAAGUGUGGCAUAUUUUGGUGUUCCACGAUGGCGACCGAAUUUGACGUAGAAUGCAAGCUACCGUAUACAUGAGUAUGUGUAUAAGCAACACUGAAUGGUGGCGUCUGUGGGUUUGUGCCUCACAGAUAGAGAGAAAAAAAAAAUAUGAAUUCAUUUUGUACACAUACACAUGAUGCAUGUGGGUGUGCUUCUAUACAAAUCUAUUUAAACUAUCGUUGUUUGUUAAUGUAACUAAUGAUCAAUUCCUUUUCUAAGAAUUAAAAAGUUCACCUUGAA